AUGAGUACAGAAAUUGAUAUAAAUAAGCUUAAAGCAGAAAUUAAAAAUGACAAAUAAAGAAGACUUAUUCUUUUUGGAAUAUUUGCCACUGGAUUAAUAGGUCUUUAUGUACUUGUUCAUUUUUCUCCACAUUUAACAGAGUAAUCUAAUUUCUUUUAAUUAGUACUGAGAGAUCAAUUGUUUAUAGAAUUCCUAAAUAUCCUCGUCAUAUUGCAGAGUUAUUAGAUGUUAUUAAUAGAUAUUCAGAUAAUAAUUUAUUCUAUGUUCUGUUUGCAUUCAUUUACCUCUAUAUUUUUAUGUAAAGUUUUGCCAUUCCAGGUCCUGUGUUUUUAAGUUUGCUUUCAGGUAAUACAAUUUUUACAUUCAAAAAGGAUAAUUAUUUGGUCCAAUUCCAGCAUUUCUAUUAGUUUGUUUCUGUGCUACAACUGGAGCCAGUUUAUGUUAUGGAUUAUCCUAUUCAUUAGCAAGAGGAUUAGUACUAAAUAAAUUUCCUAAUCAAAUUGUUAAUUUCAAUAAAAAGAUUAAUUAGAAUAGAGAUAAUCUAUUUUUUUAUAUGCUAUUUUUGAGAUUCACUCCAUUAAUUCCUAAUGUUUCAAUCAAUGUAUCAGGACCUAUUGUUGGUCUUCCAUUUAAAUAUUUCUUUUUUGGCACUUUGUUUGGUAAUUUUUUCAUCUUAUCAUAAGGAUUAAUGCCAGGAAAUAUUAUUCACAUUAGAACAGGACUCUUAAUUUAAGAACUCAAUGAUUUUUCGACUAGCUAUUAAGUAUAUUAUUUAAUAUUCUAUUUAGGCAAUAUUAACUCUAAUAGGUCUAUCAUUAAUUGCACUUCUACCUACAUUAUUUAAAAAGAAAUUAUAAGAAUUAGAUGAUAAAGGGUUAAGCAAAUCUAAAAAAGAAUGAUGAUCAUUUUUAUAAUAUAAACA